AUGGGGCUCGCCCUGGACAUCGGCGGCCCGCUGGCCGAGGGGUUCUCGCGCCUCGGGCUGGCCUCGCAGAUCGGUGUCGCGUUCGCAAGCUUCCUGUUCCUGAGCGUGCUGCUGAACGUGCUCAAGCAGGUGCUCUUCAGGAACCCCAAUGAGCCGCCCGUCGUCUUCCACUGGUUCCCCUUCGUGGGCAGCACCAUCACCUACGGCAUGGACCCUCCGCGCUUCUUCAAGGAGAACAGGAAGAAGUAUGGCGAUUGCUUCACCUUCAUUCUGCUCGGAAAGAAGACGACCGUCUAUGUCGGCCCCAAGGGCAACGACUUCAUCCUGAACGGCAAGAUCCGCGAUGUUUGCGCCGAGGAGAUCUACCACCCCCUGACGACCCCGGUCUUUGGCAAGGACGUCGUCUACGACUGCCCCAAUUCUAAGCUCAUGGAGCAGAAGAAGUUCAUGAAGGUCGCUCUCACCACCGAGGCGUUCCGCUCCUACGUGCCCAUCAUCUCGGACGAGGUCACCAGCUACUUCAAGAGGUGCCCCGACUUCAAGGGCAAGUCUGGCGUCGUCAACAUCUGCCCCAAGAUGGCACAGAUCACUAUCUUCACCGCCUCGCACGCGCUGCAGGGCAAGGAGAUCCGCGACAAGUUCGACGAGACGCUGGCCGACCUCUACCACGACCUCGACAUGGGUUUCACGCCCAUCAACUUCAUGCUGCACUGGGCGCCGCUCCCGUGGAACAAGCGGCGCGACCACGCCCAGCGGACCGUCGCCAAGAUCUACAUGGACACCAUCAAGGCGCGCCGCGCUCGCGGCGAGACGGGCGCGCAGGACAUCAUGUACCACCUGAUGAACUCGACCUACAAGAACGGCGUCAAGGUGCCCGACCACGAGGUCGCGCACAUGAUGAUUGCGCUGCUGAUGGCGGGCCAGCACUCGUCGUCGUCGACCAGCUCGUGGAUCAUGCUCCGCCUCGCCUCGCGGCCCGACAUCAUGGAGGAGCUGUACCAGGAGCAGAUCAAGAACCUCGGGCCCGACCUGCCGCCCCUGACCUACGAGGAUCUCGCCAAGCUGCCGCUCAACCAGGCCAUCGUCAAGGAGACCCUCCGGCUGCACGCGCCGAUCCACUCCAUCAUGCGGGCCGUCAAGCAGCCGAUGCCGGUGCCCGGCACCAAGUACGUCAUCCCGCCCAACCACGUGCUGCUGGCGGCCCCAGGCGUCUCGGCCACGGACGAGCAGUACUUCCCGCAGCCCAUGCUGUGGGAGCCGCACCGGUGGGAGAAGGACUCGCCGCUGGCGCCGAGCAUCGUGCGCAACGCGCCGGAUAACGGCGAAGAGGAGGAGGAGAAGAUCGACUACGGCUACGGCCUCGUCAGCAAGGGCACCGCCUCGCCCUACCUGCCCUUCGGCGCCGGCCGCCACCGCUGCAUCGGCGAGCAAUUCGCCAACGUGCAGCUGCAGACCAUCGUCGCCAUGACCGUCCGCCUGUUCCGCUUCCGCAACGUGGACGGCCAGGAGGGCGUCGUCGGCACCGAUUACGCCUCGCUCUUCUCCCGCCCGCUGGAGCCCGCGAAUAUCGUGUGGGAGCGCAGGGACGCCGCCCAGGCGUGAAAGGGGUCCAUCCACCCCGUGCGGAGGAGACGUUGCGUGUUUUUUUCUAACGCUUCUGAUGGUAGUGUAGUUGGCUGAUGACUAAAAAAAAUCCGGCGUUGCCAGUUGGCACCCGAUACUUGGCGUUGUGUAUAUAUGCCGCCGGGGAAUGGCCUGAUUGACGGACUGGGCCAGGCAGAGGGGUACGACUGACGAGUCAAGGAACAUAGACUACUAAUCUUAAUAAUAUGUUGACGAGCC